AUGGCAUCUAAUUCCAUCGUCUUUUACGAUAUCGCCAUGCGACCCCCGGCAGAGAAAAAUGCCUGCUCCCCUAAUCCCUGGAAAACCCGUCUGGCCCUGAAUUUCAAGGGCGUCCCCUACACAACCACCUGGGUCCCUCUCCCCGAAGUAUCCAAUGUCCGCCAAAAGCUCCAAGUACCAGCCUGUCGGAAAUUCGCCGACGGCUCCGACUUCUACACGCUGCCAAUAAUCGAGGAUCCGAGCACAGGCUCAUUCGUCGGCGACUCUUAUGACAUCGCAACCUAUCUGCAAAAGACAUAUCCAGACUCCGGUGCUGGCGAUCUCUUCCCAACACAAACCCUCGACUACACUUUCAAAAACGAUACAAUUCCCAUCCCACUAUCCGAUAUUCCCCAGAGCGGAUUCCCCGAAUACGCCCGCUUCAACGUCCACGUCGACGCGUUGUUUAGUGCAUUCGCCCAGCUUUCUGUGGCAUGUUUCCCGUUUGAUCCGGCCACGGCGGAGAUCAGUAAGGCGGAGAUGGCGCGUCGUGUCGGGGUGCCGAGCUGGGAUUUCUUUGCAUUGAAUGGCGAGGCAAGAGUGAAGACGAAGGAUGGGUUCCGGGCUGCUCUUGGUGAGCUGGCAAAGCUUUUCCUCAAGGAUGCUGGUGGGCCUUUUAUCCUUGGGUCGAGGGUUACUUAUGCGGAUCUUAUCGUUGGUGGGUGGCUGCACAUGUAUAAUGCGUGUCUUGCGGAAGAUGAAUGGCAGGAGGUGAGGGGUUGGCACGAUGGUCUUUUUGGGAAAUUGUAUGAUGCUUUGGAGGUUUAUGCGACGAUGAACUAG